AUGAACUUUUAUGCGGUCAUCGCGCUGGCGGCAGCCGCCAUUAGUGCCGAUGCCGCGACAAACGUCGAUUGGCUAUCGGCGGCACCCACCAAUCAAGUAAUCGAGCCAACUAUGGAGGAAGUGGAACUACGCAGGUUCGAAAGAUGGAUUACCGAACGUUUGACAGUGCGAGAGUAUGGAAGGUUCGAUAUGCUAGCACAGCGAAACGGUAGAUUGUUGAGAUGGGGGACAACAUUAGUACCACGAGAACUGGAAAUCAUGUUACAUAUACUCAGUUCACCAGUUCUACAUAAUUCACUUUUCAGAUCAAUGACAGUACCCGAAGGUAUUCUUCCGCAUUUCCAAAUCUUGGGUCUACCAUUGAAAUUACCGGAAGGAGGUGCAGCACAUUCCUUGGCAAUCGCAGCGCUACGCAAUGACUUACACGAAUUGCAGCAAUAUCAACCAUUCAAACCGACAAACACCACUUGGCCAACGUACUUGGAUAACGAAGCUGCAUACACGUACAUGUGGAGAGCGCUCUCAUAUCAGGUCAAGGUAAAAAGACGUCACAUUAAAGAUAAGGGAAAACUAUCUCGCAAUAUGUUGAAAUAUUGCUACAGAAAUGAGCAAAAUGAGCUAUUGAUAUUCAAAUUCGAUGUCGAACUAGACAAAGAUAAACAUUAUAACUUCGCAGCUCUCAUAUCUCACUGGUCACUACACAAACUACCAGUGAACGAAAAAUAUGUGGAAAUAUUGGACGAAAUGCUAGCAAAGACUGAUAGAACACAAUAUGCUGAGGGCUUGUUCGACAAUCUAGGACAUUACUCAAGGUAUAAAAUCCACCAGGGUAACACCGCGACGCCACAUAGCGAUAUUAUGGCAUUGCCAUUGCUCAAAUCCACACUCACGUUGGAUCAAAGCCUUGAUGCUGAAGCAAGGAGGAUUGCAAAAAUUACAAUCAAACUGGCAUAUCAUCUCAUGGUACGUAUGCUCGAAAAACAUGCUAUACCAGCAUUCACCGCCCUAAGACAACGUAGGAGAUCACGACGGACAUAUGGUGUAUUAGGACCACUUAGGUAUAUUCGUUCACUGAUCAAUAUAUACAGGGAUAACUAUCCACCAAACUCGAUUAACGAAGUUAACCCUUCGCCACAAGAGGCAGAACAAAUUGAGGAAAUGUUGUUCGAAUCCAGUAAAAACUUCCAGCCAUACUGGAGUAUGAAAAAUGAUACACUGUAUAACAAGUCGCCAGAUAUAGUCCCACCGGAUGUUAUACAAACAUUGGGGCUGCUGUUCGACCCGGAACGCCUCCUACGUAGGCUACUGAAUAUAAGAGGCGACCCUAUAGACUUCCAGGAAGUGCAUGAUAUACUACACCGAGUUACCGCACCGGAAACACAAGUGACGUCGAGUGUAAUGUUCAAAACACCAGACACUUGCCGUGCUGUACACAGUAUGCCAGAAAAGGUAGAACAACAGUAUCUAUCGCUAUCAGCAUCGGUAAGAGAGAAGCUGAUGACAAAAUGCCGAUGCCUGCUUGCAUUCCUCUAUCUUUUCGGAGUAACCGAUCGAUCAGGGCGCCCACAAUUUCCAUGGGGAUGGCCACGGAAUAUCGGAAAUAGCCUAACAUAUAUAACUGAAGGGAUAGGAGCUUCAUGUGGAGUUUGUAACGCCGUACUAGGGUUCCUUUCAGGGAUAGGAUACCCACCAGUGGUUAACAAUAUGUAUGCCUGGGAAAUGAGAAAAACACAUGUUGAGUCGGCGGUGUACCAGAUGUUGGUGACAUCCAAAAGAUCAAUACGUAAACGCCAUACUGAGUAUUUCGACAAGACGCUUUUGAGCUACCUUAGCGGACACUACAAGGACGAUGAUGCAUCCAGUCUGGCUGUUAGCUAUUAUCUAUAUAGUGGAAUAGGAAACCCAUCACGUAUUCUAGAUGAUCCACAUGUCACUUCGGGAAUUGAAAGACAACCUAAAGCUAUAGGAAGCAAGUGUAUAGACGCACUGCCAUAUGUAAUAGAUGCAGCUAAAUCGGCUAUGCGAACAAGGUCUAAUAUCAACCAAGAUGAAGGAAGUGAAGAAUACAGAUCACAAAGGUAUGCUGAAUUUGUAAAGAAACUUGCUGUCAUGGGUGAUCUUGACGGGCUAAGGGUAAUGGGUGAUUUCCAUUUUAUGGGACAUGAGGCAGGAAAUAUAGAAGUUAAUGUACCAAGGGCACUAGAGUAUUGGACAAUGGCAGCACAAAAUGGCGACGUUACAUCGGCACUCACCAUGGCAAAUCAUCUUAUACAGAUACUACACCAGACUGAAGAAUCAGAUGUAGCAAAUAGCAGGGAAGCUACGCCAGAUGAUGUCAUGGUAACUGCAGAACAGCUCCAUUUAGAAGGUACAGAACGUGCUGAUAUAGAACGAGCGGCAGAACGAUAUUUAAACACUGCAGCACGAUCCAAUAAUCCGUUAGCGGCAUCCACUGCACGAUUUUACAUGACGAGAUAUGGGAUAGGACACGAAAGAGAUCCUGUAGCUGCUGCAAGGUACCUACAGGAAUCCGCUGAUAGGGGUGAUGUGACGUCGCAGAUACUAAUGGGACAUGCCUAUGCAGGGAUGCUUGACGACAUCACGCCGCCAGAUGGCAAAAAUGUAUUCAUGGCGUUGGACUAUUACAGACGUGCAGCCAAAAAUGGAAAUAUAGUGGCAACUUUCAAUACCGCAGUAUUGACAUUACAUGGAUACGAUCUUAAAUUCAGCUCGUCAGUAGAUCGAUGCAAAGCAGCGUUCGCACUAUUCCAGAAAGUUGGAAGACAUGCACUGGUGCCAGCUGUGGCAAGAACGCUUGCUAAAAGAGCGUCAUUAUACGGAGAUGAAAUAGGACACGCGCUACUCAGCAUGUUCCUAUCGGAGAUGGGUGACCCUGAAGCCCAUAUCGCUGCGGCUCGCCACUUUAAAACAAGCAACAAACUCUGCUAUAUAGAUGAUUUAGGCCUGCAACAGGAAGUACCAGACUCAGAUGAUGUUAUGUCAACUGUGCCUUCAACUACACAAAAUGGUGUACCGGGCGUUGAAAGUUAUAUGGAUAGCGACAUAUCGGAUUAUAUAGACGCUAAGCUUAAUACUAAAGAAGGAAGCAUAUUUCAUGCCGUCACACAAGAUACAGAUCCUUCGGGAACUUCGCCUUGCCAUCUCUUUUACGCUCGACGAAGUGGAUAUGAGACUAACGGAGGGUCGCCUUUGUUGCUAGCAGAAGCUCUGUUAGACCGUGACCCACGGCAAUCCGCAGAGUGGAUGCUGGAGGCUAAGCUGAGAAACGAACACAAGGCAACGUAUCUAUAUGCCACGAUGCUGGAAGCUGGAGUGGGUGUUGUACAGGAUUGCACAGCAUCAUAUGGCUAUUAUCACUCAAUGACUGAGUCAAAAGAGCAUUUGAACAAGUUACUAGGGUUCCUUUGCAUACAAAGAGCCCGUGUUAGCAGCAUACUCCAUGAAUGGCGGAACCUGUACAAUUGGUUUGUCUCAACUUUCUACGAUAUUGCUAUUGUGCCAAACCUACUAGCCGAUGAUUAUGUUCCCUGUGGGUUUACGAUGCCAAAGGUGCAGCCACUGCGAACAGCAAGGGAGUUUAUCGUCACGUCGUUCUUCGUCGCGGUUAUCGGGUUCUCGACGAUAGUAUACAUUAAGAUACGAUGA